GUCUACGUUUUGCCGUGUUUCUCUCGUUCAUGCGGAUUUACGCGCGCUCACAUUGUAGCAUUCACGCAACUAGCGCGGUCGCUCGCGGCGGUUUUCUUCGAUAGGGUCGAUACAUUUUUCGAUUCUCGUCGAUGAUCCUCGAAUUCCAUUUUUCCACAACUCCAUUCUUAUACGUACGCUCGACGUACGCGGAAAGCUCUUUGAAAAGAUAAAGAUGGGUGUCCUUCGACUCGUCAACCCUUGUCGAUUCGCACGAUUAUCUCUUUCAAUUAAUCUUCCCGUUUCUUUCUUCGCCUUUCUUAUAUUUAUUUUCACGAUAGUUUCGAACGUACAAGCAGGUCUCUCGAUCAAACCAGAAACUAUCCUUUUAAACGUUUUCACGCAGCCCUUUAAGCCUACCAAAUGGAGUACCAACGAAUGUCAGCGAGACAGCGCCAUCUACUUGGAGGAACUCGCGCGUUACACACCGUGGGCUUUGAAGAUGUACGACGCAUCUGUCAAAAUCCCAUCUGGUAUCAUUACUGGAAAUUAUAAACAGUUGGGCAAUUACGACGAAUGUCUGCAGGUUAAGAGCGAUCACGGAAUUUCCGGUCAGUCUUGUAGUGCCACCAUACAAUUCGAAGUAGCCGAGGAUAAUGGUGCAUCCAGAGAAUUGGACUUUGGUGACUUGCUCGUGAACGUUGCCGUCGCAUCUAAUGCAACAAAAUGGCGCUCGGGCAAUACGAUCAUUUACGAAUGGAUGUGGUGCGUACCAUCGAGUUGCAAUCAUUCCGAAGUACAAGAGUUCUUGGAAAUCACUUUGGAUCCUUUAAAAGUCGAAGGUCGUGUCGAUUUCGUUAUAAACGUUCCAAUCAAGUCCUGUCGUACUUUGGAAACCGAACAAACAACGUUCGAUCCGUCCGAUUGGAUUUACAUAUCGAUUCUCGUUAUCUUUUCGCUGAUCAUUAUCGCUAGCACGACUUUCGAUAUCACACGUAGAGGACAUUCGAGUACAUUGAAUCCAAAAGGUAAAGAAUAUAUUUUAUUCAGCAGCUUCUCCUUUUAUACGAAUUGCAAGAAUCUUUUCAAUACCGACAGACAUCAAGAUUCCAUCGCUUGUUUGGACGGAUUGCGUUUUCUAAGUAUAUGCUGGAUCAUUUACGGUCAUACUUAUUACAUGGAGGUCAUGGGUAUUAAUAUGGAUCUGACGCAAGUUCCAAAGAUGCACGAAAGUUGGAGUAAGAUGUUGGUACUGAAUGGAAACAUGGUCACUGACACGUUUUUCCUUCUCAGCGGAGUUCUCCUUGCUUAUACCGAAAUAAUAAAAAAGGAAAAAAGUUCUAAUUGGAAGUUGGACGUUAUCGGUCUUUAUCUUCAUCGUUAUUCAAGGUUAACACCGGCGUACGCAAUGAUGAUCGGCUUUUAUGCCACUAUAUAUAGCAAAUUCGGAAGUGGUCCACAUUGGGACGCCUGGGUCGGUUCCAAUCGAGAUUAUUGCCGUGAAAAUUGGUGGACCAAUCUCCUCUACGUUAAUAACUAUGUCAACGUUUCCGACAUGUGCAUGUCCCAAUCAUGGUAUCUGGCCACAGACAUGCAAUUGAUCUGGUUAUCCCCGAUCUUCCUUUAUCCGAUGCUCAAGCCAGCUCGAAGAAUAUUUUUCUGGAUCAUCAUUGGUUUUGCUUUUGUAUUAUCGAUGAUCCUACCAUUCGCUGUGACUUUUAUCCAUCGAUAUACCGCGACGAUGUUCUAUUAUAAGGAACAACAGGACGUGGCCAACGUAUUCCUGUACGUUUACACGAGAGUUUACACCAGAGCUGGUCCUUAUAUAAUCGGUCUAGCACUUGGCUAUCUAUUGGCCAAAAGACGUUCUUACGAUGUUAAAUUACGUAAGCCCUAUAUAGUGUCCGGAUGGUUGAUCGCCAUUGCUAUAGGACUGUCAGCCGUUCUUGGAGCACGAGAAAUGUAUUUCGAUAAGCACCCUUACAACAGAUUGGAGGCUAGCUUCUAUGCCGGCAUGCACAGACACGCGUUCGCUCUUGCCGUAUCUUGGAUCAUAUUCUCAAGUGUCUAUGGAUAUGCAGGUGAAUCGAUUUGCGAAGGUCCACUCGGAGAAUUCCUUUCUUGGCGAGGCUGGACACCUCUGAGCAGAUUGACUUACAGCGCUUACCUUUGUCAUUACGUCUUUCUAUUGUCCCGAGCCGGAAGUGUGCGCACCACCGGCGAUUUAACUUCGAUGAGCGUGAUGUACGCUUUCCUCGGUAAUCUAUCUUUUACUAUGGCGCUUUCCGUACUCUGGAGUCUUUCCUUUGAGAUACCCUUCAUGAUACUGGAUCGAACGUAUCUAUCUCGCAAGAAGAAAACGUCUUGCUUCCUUUCGAAGGAUGAUAGCGCGAAAGUGUUCGGUUCGACGGACUCGAAGAAGGAAAUAUAUAGGACAAUCGAGGAUUCUUCGUCGUCUACGGUGGCCGAGAUUUAUAAGAAUGUUACGAACAGUGAUAACAUUCGUUCCAUCUGUGACUCGGAGGAGACCGUCGAUUUUUACGUAAUCGACCAAGAGGAAAGGAACAAAGGGGCAAUUCCAUCCGAAGGGCCGUUUAAUGGAGCAAUAGAAAAUAAUAGGGCAUACGAAAGGGAGAUGUUUCAGCACGCGCAGAAAACACCCUUGGGGUUAAUGUUUACUCCGUGGGAAAAGAAAAGAGUCGCUAUACCGAUCUCUAAGAUUAUUUUGCAAAGCAUCAAUAGCGUUAUCGCCCAUGAACUUAGUCGUCUUAUAAUCGAGCUAAAUGGACGAUCAUAAUAAGGCAUCACUCUGAGGGUUAACGUCGAGGAGACAGUGUCGCGUCUUCAUCACGUAAAUUGGUUACGCGACUGGAUAUCUGUCGUGGUGCAAUCCAAACGCAACCCCCCCACCUCCCAAGGCACCCCGCAGCGAAGGAACAGAAAGGGAGUAAAUUUCAGGUUCUUUUUCUCUCUUCGUGGGUUACCGUCGACGUGUGGUCGACAUCUGGGAUAUUCGGGGCACGUUUUUCCGCAAUGCGAACGUAACUACGACGGAUCUCCGACUGUGGAAAAGAUCAUCUCUCUCGACUAACAUCAUCCCCCUAUCAUUCCAUAGUCAUUGCUAUGAUCGUCUGCUUAAUGCGAAUUAAGGAUAAACGUAUAUUUUUUCUUUUCACGCGUUAUUAGUACGGACAAUGACUGCGAAUCCGUUUCAGGAGUACGAAGGACUAUUUUAGCCUAAAGAUUAUCAUUUCUUUCACAAAGAUAUAGAAAGCAUAAUUGUCUUUUUCUAUCAAAAAGGAAAAGGAAUGAGCACUGACAUCGAAUAAGAGUUUCUUGUCAAACUCUCCUCGUGAGAAAGAGAUUUUACAAAGCUAAAAGUAUUUACUUGUUCGAGCUCUAUUAGAGAAAACUAAUUCGUAUGUCAUCGCGUCGAUACAGAAGAAAAGUAUCCGAGCACUUAAACUUUCCCGCGAUCCUUCAAAAGUGCAAGCGAGGAUAGCAUAGAAGAAAAGGCUAGAUCCCUUCCUGCAAGAUGGGUGCUCGGCUCUAGGCGCCAGUCUCUUUUUACCGAAUUGCACGACUGACAGUGCAUGACGAUUUACGAUUUUUCUUCGACUUUCUUUCUAUCGUUGCGCAACGAGUGGGAAAGAGAGAGAGAGAGAGAGAAAGAGAGAGAGAGAGACGACGAGUCUCUGACCGCGCUGACGUAGGUAGUUGAAAAGUCUCCUUCGUCCUCAUGUGCAAACACUUGAGGCGCCUCACCCCCACCCUCUUUUCUUUAUAAGCGCCUCUUCGUCUUUUAUCUCCUUCGCACCCAUCGCUACGAAGAUAAUAAACUUUCUUCCUUUUUCGCAAAGCGAUCGCGCGAUAAUAGACUUGGCAUUCUUCAUACCUUCUUUAAUGUUAAACGCUAAUUCUACCAAGUUAUUUACGGACUGUAUAUAUAAAUAUAUA